UCUUUUUUUGUUUUGAACCUUUUUUAUCAACCUACUAAGAUGAUUGAUAUUUGCUGUAGAAUAGACAAUACCAGUUCCUAACUUUUGGAAUAAGGAAACACCGGUUGCUUAUGUAAGGAAUGGCCCUAAAUCAUUACAUAUCAAGCUAGUGAAGGGAAUUAAGAUGCUUAGUUAGGAGAGGAGGUUCUCUAACACUAUGUUUGGUUGGAGGGGAGGGAUUUUGAUGGAGAGGAGGGGAGGGAAGGGGAGGAAUCCCUCCCAAUCUCCUCAAUUUGGAGGGGAAGGGAGGGAAAAAUUUCAUCCCCUCCCCUCCAACCAAACAAGGGGUAAGAGUUUUGACUCAUUUUUUAAUCCAUAUGGCUUCAGUUUUGCCUGGUGAUUUGCCCCCAUCUUUUGUAGUUUUUUUUUUUUUUUUUGGGAGUGGUUUAAGGCAGGUUAACGUGGGUUGUUUUGCUUGUUAUUCACUUAUUUGUGACGAUAUUUUUGUUCAUGUACAGAAUAAAGACAGCUUUAAUGGUUGCAAUAAUAGUGAAGCUGAACGACCAUGUGAAAGCCAUUAAUUCAAUGCAGCAAAUGCAGAACAGAGACAAUUCUUUGAGGCCUGUUUUUGCUAUCAGCAUUUUUUUUUUUUUUUGGGAGAGUACGUCUACAAGAGUUUAGCUGCUCCUGUGAUUUUUUUUUUUUGGAAGAAGAGCCGAAGGGGAUAUUUAUAUCAAUUUGAAAGUUUUUUCUAGUUUGUUUAAAGCUUGUACUAAUAGGGACAUCUUGGCAAAGUUUCCCUUAGUAGGGGGCGUAUUUCUGAGGCAGGUGCUGGGAGAAGCCUGGCGAACAAUUGCUCCAAGCUCUACGUUGAUGGAUCUAUCCUACAGAAUGGCUAAAGCGGAUGUGGAGGCAUUCUGUUUGAUGGGGACCUCAUUUGGCAAGGGCUGCAAUAUUUGUUGGGAGCGGGGUUACAGAAAUUUCUCAGUUUUUCUGGACGGUGCGGAAGCGGUUAAUCUGAUUCUGAGGGGAAGUGUAGUGCACCAUCCUUUCCAAGACAUCAUCGCCGAAGCUAAAUCUUUCUAUUAUAGAUAUUGGAAUUUUUCCCUUAAUCUCUCUUAUAGGGAGAAAAACACUUUUGCUGAUUCUGUUUGGUACAGAAACCAAAUGAAAAAAGAUGUUCUGGUUUUUAUUCAAUCUGGAUAUGCUUGCAAGCAAAACGAGAGUCCUAUUUAUACUAUUGGAAUUUUAAAACCGAAGCAGCAAAAUAAGGCGAAGGUUACAAGGAUUUUUAUUAUGCAUUAAGGGAGAGAUUGUAACUCUCCAUUUACUGUCAUUAAUCCAUUUCCGUUGCUGCUGUUGUUUUCUGUUUCACUAUUGCUAGAUCUGCUCAUUAGAUAGUGCUUUUUGGUUCUUUGAUCAUCCCCAUCUUUUAUUAGGAGGUGGGUGUUGAUGAAAGAAGAGCUCUUGGUUGAUUGUUUGUAUUUGAAGAUUUUGUUGUUUUCCAGGUUACAGUAGUAUUCAGUUUUUAUUUAAAAAACAGUUAUAUAUAUAUAUAUAUAUAAUAAUUUAGAA